AUGGCCAUUCGUAUGCCUCAAAUCAUUCAGGCCAAAAAGGUUCUCGGUCGAUCAUUCUCCAAUGGAAGCCGCUCAUCAUCAUCAUCUGUAGAAAUCAUCCCCAAAGGACAUUUUGCAGUUUAUGUUGGUGAUCAAGAAAAAAGACGAUUUGUUGUUCCUUUAUCGUUAUUAGACCAGCUUUCAUUCCAAGAUCUGCUACGUCAAUCAGUGGAGGAAUUUGGUUAUGAUCAUCCAAUGGGUGGCCUCACAAUUCCUUGUCGUGAGGAUGUCUUCAUUCAACUUGCAUCUGGCCUGAUCUGCUCAUUAUGA